AUGAGGUUACCCUCUGAGCGCCGGGUCUGGUCGCGCACAGCUGCAGGGCACUACCAUACAGCCAGCAGCACAGGCGCCCUCGUGCCAGGAGAUGACGGAGCACAGGAGUCCCAGCCAGCAGCGGCCCUGUGGCUGGCAUGUCCUGAUCCGCUGCAGGGCACGACCAGCUCAGCCAUACAGUCAGCAGCACAGGCGCCCUCGUGCCAGCAGAUCGACGGAGCACAGGCUGGUCAGCACUCGUUGCCCCCUGCGACCGCGCAGCCGACGUUGGUACAGCACUGGGACAUCACUAGGCCCUGGCACCCGCGCACCGGGAAGCGCCAGCAGCCUGGAGCACAGGAGCAGGAGGAGGACGCUCUGGUGCCCCCGGCCGCAGCAGCCACGCUGAACCUCUUCGGCCUCAAGGGCAGCCAAAUCUUGGAUUGGCUGCCCCAAGCAUGGGAACUCGGCCUCACCGCUUCUGUGUUCGUCCAUUUUCUCCACCAGCGCGCGUGCCUCAAAAUCCCACCGGGUUUCGAGUCGCGCUCCACCACCGGCCGCAUCGCCAAGCAUGCAGCUGGCCAUCGCCGCUCGGAACGCGCCAGGCUUUCAGCCCACGGACUGGUGGCGGCUGCAGCAGCAGCAGCAGCGGCGGGCGCAGGAGCAAAUGACACACAGGCACUCCAGGACUGA